GAGUAUUUUGUUCAGCCCAGCCACACGGAUCUAGAGCUUCACAUAAGCGGGAUGUUACGACGUCCCAAGCCAACUGACUCUGAGGCUGACCUCCUGAGAGAGCAGGAGCGGUUUCUGACCUCUGGGGCUCCGUCUGCUGCCAAUGUGGUCCGUAGACCUGACAAAAGGAGAGGGGAGGCUGGAGGAGGAGAGGGCGAUAAAAACGGGGUGUGCGAUGGAGAACAGCGGGAUGUUGUCAGUAUAGAAGAUCUUCCAGACCAACUUCCAUCCCUGACACCAGCACCUCCAAAGAAAUCUCGCUUCAAAGCCAGCCGGGUCACCUUUGAGAAGGAUGACGCAGAGGAGAGGCUGGACAGACAUGACACUCACAUCAGUGCUGUUCUCUCCAGGAUUGUAGAGAGAGAUACCACUUCUACUCCGAUAUCUCUACCAGCUCUCACAGGAAUGGCUUUCCCCAGAGUAAUGCAUCGCUCAGAAACCAGUAGUCAGGUGCCAGUGUCCUCAGUGGGCCCAAAGAAGAGUAUCUUUGCACAGCAGAUCGCAGCUCAGAGAAUGAAGGAGGGAAAGACACCUUUGCACUGUGCACCUGAAGCUGCUCAGACAUCUGGGCACAGAGAGCAGAGCCUGCCUCCUGAGACAAGAAUGGAUACAGACCAGAGUGAAGCCGCAGAUAUCUUCUCAGGUUCUAGGCUUGUGUCUGGUCAGGGUCUUCAGGGCCCAGACGGCCCAACAGAAACCAUGAGGAUUCACAUGGAGAACCAGGCUGAGAUCCAGGCCAUGUCUCAGAAUGAGAUACUCCAGGAGCAGAAGAAACUCCUAGCACAUCUUGAUCCGAGGCUGGUCGAGUUUGUUAGAUCUCGCAAAGCCCAGAGCGCCCCGUCCUCUGCUUCCCCGUCCAAACAGCCCGGGGGCAAAAUCAGCGAGGGAAACUUUCCUGUUGACAAGUCUGACUCCAGUGCUGCUGUGAAUCCCCAAGAAGAAGAGAUGGAGGGAGAGGAGGAGGAAAUGCCACCGCCACAGGCUGUGAGGGUGGAUGAUCUGCCUGUGAAGCCUAAGAAAGAAUGGGUUCACAUGAACAAGCUGGAGCCAGAGAAACUGGAGUGGAUGAGAGAUUUACCACCUCCGAGGAAGAAAGGAACCAAGAUGGCCAUGCAGGCUCGCUUUGACUUUGCAGGGACCUUGAUUCCUCCCACUCAGGAUCUGCCCACACACUUAGGUCUGCACCAUCAUGGAGAGGAGCCUGAGCGGGCAGGUUACUCCCUGCAGGAACUCUUCCUGCUGUCUCGUAGUCAAGUCAACCAGCAGAGGAGCCUGGCCCUCAGCACUCUGGCCCACAUCCUCUUAAAGGCUCGAGCAGGAGAGUACGUGUCAGUCCUGACGGGCAGUGUGAUUUCCACCCUGCUGGACGCUGGACUGCUGUUCCUGCUCCGCUUUGCACUAGAUGACGGGGUGGAGGGAGUGAUGUCUGCUGCUGUGCAUGCACUGAGAGCUCUGCUUGUGUGUGCAGAGGAUGAAGAGUGUUUGGAUCACACCUUCUCCUGGUUUCGCGGUCUGGCCUCCUUCCCUCUGCUACCAUCUGCUCAAGAAGAGGAAGAUGAGGAAGAUGAAGGAUUGCCGGAAAAUAUGAGAGAGACAGCCAAGGAGAAGGAAGAGAAGAAGAGUGAUCAUGAUGUGGCCAGGCAGGAUGCUGUCAAGGGUCUGUUAAAGAUAAAGCUGCUCCCUAGGCUGCGUUACAUCCUGGAAGUGGUUCGACCAUCUCCACGAGUGGUCCAGGAUGUCCUGGAGAUCUUGACUCGUAUCGCUCGGCACUCUUCCUCAUCUUCCACCCAGGUGCUUGAUUGCCCUCGCUUGAUGGAGACAGUAAUGUCAGAGUUCCUUCCUACUUCGUGGGUGGCUCCAUCCUCGCCUCUUCCUCCAUCUGUGUACGGACUGCCACUAGCCUCUGCCAUGAAGUUGUUGAGAGUUUUAGCCACGUCAGGGAGACAUGCCUGCGCCCGACUCUUAAACUCUGUUGGAGUGAGGGAACGUCUGUCAUGUCUGCUGAGUGCUGAGCCCAGUGAGCUGCUGCUGGAACCAGCCGAAGCCCUCAGGAUCACAACUGAGGCCUUCAGGCUGUGGGCUGUGGCUGCCAGCUACGGUCAGGCCUGUCAGUUAUACAUAGACCUGUAUCUAAGCUUGGCAAAGGCGUUGCAGUCAGUCCACAGGGCCCUGGACCCCUCAGAUCCUCUGUGGCCCCUGCACCUUCAGCGGGUCCAGGCUCUGCUUUGUCUGCUCACACAGGUCACACACACCGCUGGCUGCCAUCAGGAGCUGCAGGCCGGCCUCGUCAGCUCACAGGGAGAGGAGUGUCCUCCCCCUCCUCCGGUGUCAUGGGCCCAUGUUGCAGGGUUGCAGGCAUCUCUGGUGGGACAUUUGAAAACCUUUGUAAAGAGUCUUGAUGAUCCAGUUCGGACAGAGAGCAGCUUGGCUGUGAUACCAGUUUACCUUAUAUAUCUAGAAGCCUACUACCAUCAGCUCUCCAUUCAGAGCUGUUUCAAGCCAGUCGAGACCCUCCAGGAACUAGAGACACUAACGUCGGAGGUUCUGCUCCCUUUGCUGUCACAUCAGGUUGUUCAGGGCCAUAUGAAAAACCUCAAGUCUUCAUCGGUUGUGUGCAACAUCCAGUCCAGUUCCACUAGCCCAGAGACUAUUCCCAGCCUCCCUGGUUUAUCCUGCGCAGGAUGGAGGGACUGUCCAGGCCUGGUUGUUCCCAGCUCCCCCUUCCCGCUCCUCACAGGCCUGGGUCUCCUUCUGGAGACCAUCACAGGCAUCCACAAAGGUCUCAGCUGCAAAUUCAAAGGUCUCCUCCUGUCAGAGCCUGUGUUUGGUUACCUGCUGAGUUGUAGUCAGGCUACUCCCACCUUGUCUCACACCAGAGCCUGGCUGCGCCGUCAUGAACACCACCUCCUCUACCUCCUGCUCCGGCUUGCACACAGACUGGUUCCCAUUGAGCCAGAGGUAGCAAAGCAUGCUUCACUGUACCACCAGGUGGCACUGGUUCUUCUUCCAUGGUUAUUACCUGGCAGUGAAUUCCUGGCACAUGAACUUCUGUCCACCAUCAUCUUCAGCAGAGACUUUUUAUCAGAGGGCCACAGCGGAGGACCUGAGGCUGUCGAACUCGGAGAGCUGAGGCUCCAAGAGGAAACGCAACAUUACAGCUCACCCACCCUGCAGACUGUGGGAUCUCUCCUGAGAGAAGCCUGCGUCCAGCUGCCCUCCAUACGAGGCUGCUUCCUCACUCACCUGGCCCACCUGGAGCCGUCCAUGCUGGCGUCCAGGGAUGCCCUGCUUGGCCGAAACCCCUGGAUCAAGUCUCACCUCCUCCCAGAGCUCACAGGUCCCUUCCUACCAUCCGAUUGGCCUUUCCUGCCACUUGUAAGCCUGUAUGAGCGAGCCGGGGUGUCUGACGGUGGGGGGUUGGCGGUGGAGGAGCUUCCGCAGGGGGCUCUGCAGGCGGUGAGCCACUGUCUGCAGUGGCUGCUCCUGCUGGAGGUCUGGAGGGAGGAGGCACUAAAGGUGAUCCCUCCUGUUGCCAAGCUGGCUCGCCUGUCCUGUGUGUUCCUAUGCUCCAGCGACAUGUUCCUGGAGAGACCCGUUCAGAAACUGACCUGGGGUCUUUUCAGACUCCUAACAAGGCAGUCCAGACUAAACUCUUUGGAUCUGGACGUCCCUCCUCCUGGUUUAGCCUCCUUCCAGGACUUGUUCUCUGCUCUUCUGACCCAGUAUGAGGCUGUGUCCUUUGGAGACAGACUCUUUGGCUGCUGGGUCCUAUUACCCCUGCAGAGGAGGUACAGCGCCACCAUGAGGCUGGCUGUGUUUGGAGAGCAUGUUGGGAUGUUGAGGUCAUUGGGAGUGACUUUGGAUCAGCUCUCCAUCCCCAUCGAGCACUUCACGUCUCCCCCUGAAGACUCCCUCCCUCUCCUCCGUCUCUACUUCCGCUCCCUGGUGACGGGAAUGCUGAAGCCCUGCUGGUGUCCCGUCUUGUAUGUGGUUGCUUUAUCUCAUGUCAACUCAUUCAUCUUCUCUCAGGAUGCUGCAGCACAGGAGGUGGAAGCAGCUCGACACAGUAUGCUGAGGAAAAUCUACUACCUGACUGAUGAGGUAUUGAGGAUGCACUUGCUGCUCUUCCGCCUGCCACAGUGCCACUCAGAGCUCGGCUUUGAUGUGUACGAUGAGCUGCCACCAAUAAGGGCCAAACGCUUGGAGAGCAUCCUGAAGCUGCAAGACAGUGGCAACCAUAAAGGAGACUGAAGGAAGAGAGAGGGACAACAGAAGAAAAAUGUAGAAUAUACAGGAGUGGACAAUAUGGGACUGAGACUGAACAGAUACCAGAGCAGGAGUGGAAGAUACUGAGAAAUAAAGGUGGUUGACUAGAGGCAAGGUGAGAUUUGACUCCUUAAUCUGUCAAAAUAGAUCAAAGGUUGGACUUGGAAUAAGUGCAGACAUGAUCACAAGGAAUUUUCCUGUUACAUCCUCUCUAAAAGGAUUCUCACCCUGGCACAGAUUUAGCUGAAACUUAAAGUGUUAUAUACCAGUUGUUUUUGUCACUUUAACCUGCUUUAAAUCAAAGGCUCAUCAGUGAAGAUUAUCUGAACGUCUGUUGAAUCUCAUUCGACCUGUUUGAUCUGAAACCAUGAGGUUAAACACUGAACAAGAAAAAAAAACAGAGUGGAUGCAAUGAGACAUAAAUCCUAGAACAUUUUGUCUAAGUCAGCUAGAGAAAACCUUUUUUUUAAACCAGCUCUUUGUCAGAAUUAUGGUGAUUUAUAUGAGCCUGAGAGCCCCACAAAAAUACUCCUGGCCUUGAAGAGUAAAUUAAAAUGUGCUUCUUUACAAGUGCCUGAAAUGGAAAUUUUUGUAAAUAAAAAAUAAUUUCAAGUAA